UCAAUACCUUUUUCUCUUUUCUUUUUGUUCUAAUUUUUUGUUGCGUCAAUCAAGUGUGAGAGUGCGCGAGUGACCGAAGCCAGCGGUGAUUCCAAACAAGUGUACAAGAACGAUUCUCGUUCCACAAAGUAUCGGAGAGGCAAGAAACUAUUAUGAGUGAGAUGACGAGCGUCGUCGAGCAACAGCAUCAACAGCAGCAGUAUGUAGGAGGCGCCGUUGCCACUAACGACAAACUCUGCUGUAAGGAUUGCGGCAUGAACUUUGACAGUAGCAUCAGUCUUGACGUGCACCUACGUUAUCAUCAGCAUAAUUUGCUCAACCAAUGGGCUACCCAAACCAGCCAGCAAGAAGAGAGUAACAAUAAUAAUAGCAAAGCUGGCAACCACAAUAGCGGUGGCACAGGGACCAUAAAACGUGAGAGCGUUACAGCUCCCGCGGACUCGAGCGAAACGGCGUCACGCCCGGCGUCGGAGGGUUCUGCACCUCCGAGCUCUGCUAGAUUGCAACAUCAACACCAAGAGCAGGGCUUUAAUCAGCAUUUCGUCACACCGAUGUUUGGAGAUCCCCAAUACUUCAUGCAUGGUGAGGCUAAUUAUAUUCUCCCCCACCAUUUUUCGCCGGACGACGAGGACGACGAAACCGCGGGGACGACGCGCUCUGGGCAGUCCGGGAACUACACUCGAUAUCAUCCCUAUCAUCACCCCCAGCACCAGCAUUUCGCUGCAGAACGCGCUAAUUCGGUGAGCUCAACGAGCCCACGAAGCCCACUUCAGUGUGACAAGUGCGGGGGUGUCUACGAAGAUGCAGCCCAACUGGCAGAACAUAUUCGAUCUAACCACUCGGGAUCACCGAGUGUGUAUCCACCAACAGCACAGUCGCAGUAUCAACAGUUGGCUGGCAGUCCGCAACAACAACAGCAGGUCACGCAAUCGCAGCAGAGUCAGGCGCAGGCGCAGCAGCAACAGAUGCAUGUUUCAUCGCCGCAAUCACAAUCGAAUCAACAACAGCAACGACACCCCCAACAGCAGCAGCAACCAACUUACGAUUUUGUCACCGUUAAGAAUGAAGUCAAGCAGGAGCCCGAAGAGCAAGCUGAAAUUCUUGAUCUGGACUCUCAUAAAGUGCAAACUCACAGAUAUGAGGAGGAAUUCAUGAGACUUCAUCAUCAGCAUCAACACCAAGAUAUGCAUGUGCAAAUGCAACACCAAGUGUUGCAACAACAUCAAGCACGUGGUACUACACAUUCGGUCACAUCUAUGCUGAGUUGGCCGCCCGGUUCACAACCGCAUGAUUACCAUCCUGUCAUGUCACCUAUGGGUCCAUUGGAUAGUGUCUCGCCUAUACAAGAAAACCAGUUUAUGCGAGGACAACAACAGCAUAUACCACCCGUUGAGCCACCCCGUCACCCAGGUUCACCAAUUAUCACGAGUACGCAGUCUAUGCCCAGUCACCCAAUUCCUGCCGGCUUAAUGCAACAAAAUCCUAAACCUCCACCAAUUAGCGGUAACCAGUCCUGGAAAAGUAAUGAAGCACGCAGGCCAAAGACCUAUAACUGCACCGCAUGCAACAAGUGGUUUACCAGCUCGGGACACCUUAAAAGGCACUAUAAUACAACACUUCAUAAAAACGCAGUAAAACAAAGCAAUCAACCGGAUCCAGCCAAUAUGCCUAUUAGUGCGCAUCACCAUCCUGGCCGUGAAGCAAAUUCAGGUAGGGCUGGAGCGGCCAGUCGGAAUUCUCCGGAGCUCUCCUCAUCGAGCAGUCCCCCAAACUUGAUGGCAGGUCCCUCGGGCGAGGCAACGAGGGGCCUGCUUCACACGCCCACCACCACCACCACCACCACAGCCAUCUUCAACAACAACAGCAGUUCCAACAGCAGCAGCGAGGCUACGCCAGUCCAAGCGGUCCAGAAGUCCCUGCAACAUCAAUCAGUCCGACAACAGCAGCAACAGCAGUCCCAGUCACAGCAGUCUUCAACAGUAAUGAUGGUAUCCGACUUGGUAUUCCUCGGUUCGCCAGCAUCCUCUCCAAUGGCUCAAACUCAGCACCAACAGUCGCAGCACCAGCACCAGCAAAUGGGUUCUCCAUCCCCCCAAUUGGGACACCAUCAACAUCAGCAGCAGCAGCAGCACCACCAUCAUCAUCACCACAUAUCAACGGAUUCUCCAUCGCAAAUCGCACCAUCGGGCCACCAUCCCAUGAAUUCGCCCAUAUCACCCAUGCAACAGCAUCCAGUUCACAUGGGUUCCCCCUCGCCAAUGGCCUCGGGCCACCACCACAUGAGCUCACCUUCUCCCAUAAUGGCGGGGGUGGUUCCGGCAUCGAUGGCUUCACCCCCACCGGGAACCAUGAUGGGGGGUACUUCGAUGCCUCAUCAGCCGUACCCAAACGCCUUGCCCCCCCACGUUAUAACUAUUACCAGCAUCCCGGGCCUACUGGAGUCUAUUACCAGCCAACUAACAACUACUGGUAACUCGGGCAUGCACACCAUGCCUACAACAAACCAGCAACAUCAACACCAGGAGAUGCUACCCAGUUUUGGCACUUUCAGCAAUCAUCACCAGCACCAGCAUCAACAUGAACAUCAACAUAAGUUAAUGCCAAGCUUUUCGCAAUUUGGUUGUGUCGCCAAUGGGUUUACAGGCCAAGACCAAUCAUCGGUCGUUAACGUGGGGGGGCUCAGUCCCGAGGAAGGUAUUCCUCAAGAUAGAUCGUUUGAUUCACCGGUUUCGAAUUACGAUAUCUACCGGACCUCGCCGCCUCGAUAUGAGUGUCUCGGCGGCAUAGACAUGAUGCAAUCCACAGAUGGCAAUAUCAUAGUUAGCACAUACUCGCAACUCCAACAGCAACAAGUUGCAUCAAGUCAGCAGCAACAGCAACAACAGUCACCACGUGAAACAAACAAUAACUUGCCCCACCUGACUGCUAAGGAAGAUAUUAAUCCUAACAUUGUGACUAAACGGUCGGACCCGAAGGAGGAGAAAAGCAACAGUAAGAUCAUGACGAAGGAGCAUCAGGUAACCAGUACCAAUACCGGUUCACACUAUAUAUCCGUUAAUGGGCUACACAAGUGCAUCGAGUGUGACAAGGUGUUCAACAAGGCUUGCUAUUUAACCCAGCAUAACAAGAGCUUCCACUCGGGCGACAAACCGUUCAAGUGUAACCAAUGCGGUAAGCGCUUUCCACAUGAGUACCUGCACGCUGAGCACCUGCAGAAGCACGCUGGUGACAAACCCUAUAAGUGCGAAAUCUGCCCGAAGCAAUUCAACCACAAGACCGACCUCAGGCGGCACAUGUGCCUCCAUACCGGCGAAAAGCCAUACGCCUGUGAUAACUGCGGCAAGGGCUUCAUACGUAAGGAUCACAUGAUGAAGCACCUCGAAACGCAUAAGAAAAAGUCUAACAAUCAUCACAAGCUCCAUUUGAGGGCGUGAGAUAAGGAAGAAGCCGCUCUAUAAAGGGUAAAUUUUCUUUCCGCGAGGACCGAAAGUAAGGCACAUUAAAUUGCGCCCCAGAAAAUUUUUUCUUUACGGUGCUUAUGUACGCUACGGAAAGAUCAGAGGUACGUUAUGCGUUGCAGGAACUGUUAGUGGGCGCGAUGCGCAGCCUCAAUCGGCCGGAUGAUUUUCCUUCGUUGAUGACUACGUUGCCCGUUAAAAGGCGACGUGGACUACGCCCUUUUUGAGGGCGCGCAAGAGUGUGCCAAAGAUAAGGAGACCUAUAAGCGAUUUGAACAGAACUAACUGAUAAACUUCGAAGCUUAUGAAUUGUACAAAAUACGUUAAAUAUAUAGGCAUACAUUAUAAUGACAAUUGUAAUUGUUGAAUCAACAACUAGACGAAAAAGUCAAUCGCCAAAGUAACUUUUUUUAAAUAUAAAUCAUACAUUAU